AUGGCAGAGAAGCUAGGCAUUGCUGGAGCCUUGCAGCGCCCUACUACUUCAAUCAUGUUUGGAGAUGCAACUUCUAAGUCUCCUCUUGGAGUGUUCAAGAACUAUCACUUGAAAAUUGGAGAAUGCAUCAUCCAAACUGAUCUCACUGUGAUGGAAAUGGAAGAAGAGAAGGAUCUACCUCUGUUAUUGGGAACCCCAUUCCUUAGUACAGUUGGCGCUUCAAUAGACUUUCACAAGCAAGAAGUGAUCUUCACAAGGAAAGGGUUGACAAAGAACCAAGAGUUGGGAAGGAUAAGGUUGAGAGAGGACCAAGGAUUGAGAAGCCACGUCUUGAGAGGGCUAGAGUUGAGAAACCACGUUCUGAUAGGCCACGAGCUGAGACUUGUUCAAGCCCCUUGUGUGCUUGAUGAAGAGAGCCUUCAAGCUUUGUUUGAUGAGCCACUAGGAAGGGCUCUAAAAGAAGGGGAGGAUGUAGCCUCUAAGGCAAGACCAGGUGAUAAAAGAAAGGAUCCACCAGCUCAGGCCCCUUCAUCAAGCCAUCUCAGCUCACAAUGA